AUGUCGCUGCUAGAGCUUGCAGCUGUUUUAGCGUUGAUAGCCGAAAAAACAAUUGAAGGAGACACACCAAAAUCUCCAUCAAUCCAUACAAAUGACUCUACAGCUAGUGAAAACACCAGUGUAAAUAGUAGUAUUGCUUUUAACCCAGAACCGACCAGACAAUUGGUAAAACCUUUAAAAAUAUUAGACUUAAGUUUAAACUAUGAUCAACCUCCUGUACAACCAAAUAUUGUUUAUCCUUACAAAUCCAUAAGUAAAAGUAAACGGUCCUUUAAUAGUACUUGGUAUAAACAGUAUCCAUGGAUUGAGUACUCAAUACAAUUUGAUCAAAUUUUUUGUUAUUAUUGUAGACAUUCUUUACCACCAAGUCAACAUUGUAAUCCUAAUGCUGGUAAUCUAACAAUUCAUGGUUAUUCAGACUGGAAACAUAUAGGCAGUAUGGCUAAAGUACAUGAUAAAUGUGACACACACAAAUUAGCAUUGGCUAAAUAUAAAGGGUGGUGUAAUUCUAAAAUACAAGGCAGUGUUACAACUAUGAUUGACUCACAAAUAAGAGUUGAAGUUGCAAAAAAUAGGACAAUGUUAAAAAGUUUAAUAAGGUGUGCCAUAUAUUGUGCUAGGCAAGAUAUUGGUUUGCGAGGACAUUCUGAAACAACUGAAAUCUCUGAAAUUGUGAAUAAUGAUAUUGCAACAGAAAACAAAGGAAAUUUUGUAGAGCUUGUAAAGCUAUUAUGUAUUGAAAGUCAGACAUUUUGUUCAGCUUAUGAAGCAUUACCAAAGAAUGCAAAAUACACUAGUAAAAUAAUUCAGAAUGAUAUGAUAAGUGCAUCUUCAACAGUGAUUGCUCAGUCUAUUUUAAAAGAAGUACAAGAAGGUAGUAAAAUAUUCAGCUUAAUUGUUGACGAAGCUAGAGACGAUGCAAAGUUAGAGCAAAUGAGUAUUUGUAUUCGGUAUGUACAUAAUUCAGUGAUAAAGGAAAGGUUUUUAGGAUUUGUUGAACUCAAAGAAUUAAAUGCUAAUGCCCUAAGCUGUAAUAUUAAAUUAUUUUUGAAUAAUUUUGGACUAGAUUUGAGUAACUGUGUAAGUCAGUCUUAUGAUGGAGCAUCAGUUAUGUCUGGUCAGUUCAACGGAGUUCAAAAAAAAAUUAAAGAUAUGUCAGGAAAUUUGUGUCCAUAUAUACAUUGCCAUGCACAUAAAUUGAAUUUAGUUUUAGUUGACGUUUCAAGAAAGGUAGAAGAAGUACAUGAUACUAUAGGUCUCUUGGAAGCAGUUUAUGCAUUUCAGUCAUCAUCAACACUAAGGUAUCAAGUAUUUUUUGAUAAAACUGGGUCGAAAGUCCCCAUGCACUGUGACACACGUUGGGUAUCAAAAUUUAAAAGUAUUCGUUACUUUAAAAACAACUUUACAUUAGUAUUAACAGCAUUAAAAGAGUGCACUGUAAGUUCAAAAUCUAAGGAAGCUGCUGAAGCUAAGGUAAAUAUUCUAUCAUUAAACUUACAGACAACAACACUUGACUAUAGCCGUUGUGCAAAAUUGAUCAAAUCCACUAUGGAACAAUUGAUCAAUUUAAGGUCAGAAAAAAUAUUCAUCAAUAUUUACAAUGAAGCAGUAAGUGUAUUUCAGACUUCGAAUAUUGAACCUAACGAUACACUACGUCCAACAAGAGAACUAAGAAUUUCAUCAACACUGGAUAACUAUUUAACUUAUUCAACACUUGGUGCUAAAGUAUUGAAGAACCAGUGUCUGAUUGGAAAAUCUUUAUUUUUGGAUAAUUUAACAUUAUCUGACCUACAUCAACAAAUAAGCAACUACGGUGAGACUUUUGACCAUGUAAAAAAAAUAAUUGAAUUGGUUAUGGCCAUUCCUGUGUCUUCAGCUAGUGCAGAACGCAGUUUUUCCACCAUGCGCCGUGUUAAGACAUAUUUAAGAUCGACUAUGAAGAGUUCACGAUUAAGUAGCCUUACACUUUUAUCAAUUGAUUUUGAAAACUCAGAUAAAUUAUUAAAAGAUCCAACUGCUGUCCUUGAAGUGUUUGCAAGCAUGAAAAACAGAAGAAUACAAUUUCAAAUUUAG